AUGGUUGAUACGAAAAAUGGUAGAUGGCACUACAGAUUAGAACCCACUCUCUUCACACAUUCCCCUAACAACGCUUUCCCAAAUGGCAUUGGCCGAUUCUUGCACCCGACCCGCGCGACGUUGGCUUCAAAGGAUCCAGACAGGGAUGAGGAAUUCCUUUGGAAGUCGCGAGAUCAUCGAAAGAACAGACAUGUCAAAUAUACUCCCAACAAGGACAGAAGUCGACAUGGCAAAAACCUUCUUGUAGGAAUAGAGCAUAUGGCCCGAUUGGAAUAUUGGAAUGUGAGCUGGUGGGUAGCUAUGGCUUUCACUGUCGGAAGCAUCAUUUGGGUGGUAAAUGGCUUCUACAGUUUCCUUCCCUUCGUCGAUACAUCGUUCUCGAUGUCAACUUCGGGCAUUGGAUGGACAGCGUGGGUUGGAGCGACUGUCUUCGAGGUAGGCGCAGUUCUUGGCGUUUUGGAGGCUUGGAAUCGUGGAGAGACGGCCAAUUUCGGAUGGGGAGUUCGUCAAGUCCUUGGAUAUGAGAAUAUUUUGGAAACCAGCGGAGGCAUCGCUGACUCAAGUUUACCGAGCUCCGAAGGCAAAGAAGGAAAUAUGAAGGGCCAGCAGAAGUGGCGUUGGUUUUCGUCUGAUCCCAAGUAUUGGCAUGAAUUGGGUUUCCUCGCAGCAUUUUCUCAAUUUUGGGCAGCUACGAUAUUUUGGAUUAGCGGAUUUACUGCACUUCCUUCGAUCCAAAUUGCCAUCGAGACGAGAACAGGUGUUUUAGAUGGUGUCUUCUGGACCCCACAAGUUGUAGGCGGAAUGGGAUUUGUUAUCAGCUCAUCACUACUCCUGCUCGAAACGCAGAAGAGAUGGUAUUUACCAAAUCCGUUAUCUCUUGGGUGGCAGGUUGCAAUUUGGAAUUUCAUUGGUGCCAUUGGGUUUACGCUUUGUGGCGCCCUUGGAUACGCUGCGCAAGUCAGCACCAAGGCUGCAUAUCAGAGUUCCCUUUCCACAUUCUGGGGUGGAUGGGCUUUUCUCAUUGGCAGCAUCUUGCAGUGGUACGAAAGCGUCAAUAGUGUAUAA